CGAAUCAAUUAUCUGAAAACCGGAAAUUGACAAAAGGAAAAACCAGCCGCCGUUUACGCUGGUAUUUCGGUAAUGUCCGUAUAUCAUAAAGUAACGGUGAGCCAAAACGACGUCGCUUUCUCGUUCCUUACUUCUAUACCACUCUGAGCUCUGAGAAUUAAAACUCACAUACAUACAUACGCUUCAAAUUCACAGUCGCUUUACGUCACCGGAGAGAAAAACACUCAGAAGAAUAAGGUUUUCUUCGAUGGCUUCUAAUGGCGUGGACGAGCAGAUUAAGUUGGUGGAAGGACCUGCUGGUUAUGUACUCGAAGAUGUUCCUCAUUUGAGCGAUUACAUUCUCGAUCUCCCCACUUAUCCAAACCCGUUGCAAUCAAAUGCUGCUUAUUCAGUAGUAAGGCAGUAUUUUGUUGAUGAGGAUGAUACAGUCCAGGAAAAGAUUGUUGUUCACAAGGAUUCUCCUAGAGGGACACAUUUUAGACGUGCAGGCCCGCGCCAAAAGGUGUACUUCAAGCCAUCUGAUGUGCGUGCCUGUAUUGUCACUUGUGGUGGCCUAUGCCCCGGGCUUAAUACAGUUAUCAGGGAGAUCGUGUGUGGUCUUCAUUUUAUGUAUGGUGUUACAGAAGUGAUUGGUGUGGAUUGCGGGUUUCGCGGGUUCUAUUCUAAAAACACUGUUGCACUAACGCCGAAGACUGUGAGUGACAUCCACAAGCGCGGGGGAACCAUACUAGGAACCUCCCGAGGGGGACAUGAUACAUCAAAGAUUGUCGACAACAUACAAGAUCGUGAAAUAAAUCAGGUUUACAUUAUUGGAGGUGAUGGAACCCAAAAGGGAGCAAAUGCAAUAUAUAAGGAAAUUAGGCGCCGUGGACUUAAAGUUGCAGUUGCAGGAAUACCAAAAACCAUUGACAACGACAUCCCAGUCAUUGACAAGUCCUUUGGAUUUGAUACUGCGGUUGAGGAGGCUCAACGUGCUAUUAAUGCAGCGCAUGUUGAAGCGACCAGUGUGGAAAACGGCAUUGGAAUUGUCAAGCUAAUGGGUCGGUACAGUGGGUUCAUUGCAAUGUAUGCUACUCUGGCUAGCCGAGAUGUUGACUGCUGUCUGAUUCCCGAGUCACCCUUUUACCUUGAAGGCAAAGGAGGGCUCUAUGAGUUCAUUGCAAAACGUCUCAGAGAAAAUGGCCACAUGGUUAUAGUGAUUGCUGAAGGAGCAGGACAGGAUCUUGUUGCAGAGAGCAUUGAACAACAAGAUGCUUCAGGAAACAAGCUCCUUAAAGAUGUAGGACUAUGGAUGAGUCUUAAAAUCAAGGAAUACUUUGCGAAGCACAAUGUAAUGGACAUUACUCUUAAAUACAUUGAUCCGACAUACAUGAUCCGAGCUAUUCCAGCCAAUGCAUCUGACAACGUCUACUCAACUCUCCUUGCCCAAAGCGCAGUCCAUGGUGCAAUGGCUGGCUAUACCGGCUUUGUCUCUGGUCUUGUUAAUGGAAGGCACACCUACAUUCCCUUUAACCGAAUAACCGAAAGACAGAACAAAGUUGUGAUUACAGAUAGAAUGUGGGCGCGAAUGUUGUCAUCUACAAACCAGCCCAGCUUCAUGAACCCUCCUAAAGGAACCACGGAGUUUACCGACUAAUAGCAAAAAUUUUUUGGCAAAAUUACAUUCCGUCAUUUGAUUUUUUUUGCAUCACCAUUAAUGAUAUUCUGUCUUGUUAUCUUCUUCGUCUCUGGUAACCUCUUAUCCAAGCCUGAGAAGUUCAUCUCUACUAUUCUGCACUAAUCCCUACUAUUAAUUUAGAAGUUUAUAACAAAAUCUGACAUUGUUUUGUAAAAAGUUACAGAGUAAUGCCAUUGACAUUGUUUUGUAAAAAAUCGUCAUUAUCUUGCCUCUGGAAACGGAUAAACACGCGGGUUGUAAAUAACCCUUCAAAUAGGCAAACCAUUUCAUCAAACUCACCGUCUUUGGGUUCACAUUACUCAUAUGUGGUAUGGACUGUUGCAUUUAUCCUUCCCUCCCUCUUGAAACUUGAAUUGGCUAAUGUGCAGGGAACUGCAUGGAGAAACUUCUAG